AGCAGCUUUAAAGCAGUGUUCCUGGUUUACCUUUCAGACUCCAGAAGAUGAAGAAAGAGGAGGAAGAAGAGGACGGAGCAGAGUCUGUAACAUCCGGCUAUGUGUCUAUGAAGAGUGACUGGUCUAAAGAUGAUCCUCCAUACUUCAGUAAUGAACCUGGACCCUCAGACACAAAAGAGAGGAAGAGGAGUGGUGUUUCUGUGGAGGAGCAGUCUGCUUCAUCAGGAGACUCCUCCUGUCCCCAGUGUGCAGAAGGAUCCAGAACCAGACCUGGACUGCAGACAGACAGUCAGACCAGCACUGUACAAACAGAAAGUGGUCUGCAGGAGGUUUUAGAUGAACAUCACAUCAGUCUGAGCAGCACAUGUGAAUGUGUGACUCAAGGAACUGAUGAAGCAGGAACUAAAACCUUCCUCAUCAGCAUCUUCACUGAGGUCCACAUCACAGAGGGACAGAGUGAAGAGGUUAAUACCCAACAUGAGGUGAGGCAGCUUGAAACAGCUUCCAAGAUGAAGAACCUCCAUGACGCUCCAAUCAAGUGUCAGGACAUCUUUAAAGUCUUACCUGACCAACAGAAACACAUCAGAGUGGUUCUGAUGAACGGCGUCGCUGGCGUUGGAAAAACCUUCUCAGUGCUGAAGUUCACUCUGGACUGGGCGCAGCGCUCCAACAACCAAGAUAUCAGUCUGCUGAUUCUGUUCUCGUUCAGGUCGCUGAACUUGAUCAAAGAUGAGCAGUACAGUCUGCUCAUGCUGAUCCAUGUUUUCUAUCCAACAUUACAGAAGCUCACAGCAGAGAAGCUCGCUGUCUGUAAAGUUCUGUUCAUCUUUGACGGCCUGGAUGAAAGCAGACUUUCACUGGAUUUCAACAACAGUGAGGUCGUGUCUGAUGUCACACAGAAGUCAUCAGUCAGCGUGCUGUUGACAAACCUCAUCAAGGGGAAGCUGCUUCCCUCGGCUCUCGUCUGGAUAACUACCCGACCUGCAGCAGCCAAUCAGAUCCCUCCUUCAUGUGUGGACAGGGUAACAGAAGUACGAGGCUUCACUGACACCCAGAAGGAGGAGUACUUCAGGAGAAGAUUCAGUGAUGAAGAGCAGUCCAGCACAAUCAUCUCACACAUCAAGACAUCCAGGAGCCUCCACAUCAUGUGUCACAUCCCAGUCUUCUGCUGGAUCACUGCUACAGUUCUGGACCACAUGUUGACUCCAGACCAGAGAGGAGAGCUGCCCAAGACCCUGACUGACAUGUACUCACACUUCCUGCUGGUUCAGACAAAGAGGAAGAAGAACAAGUAUGAUGAAGGACAUGAGACGAGUCCACAGGAGCUGACGGAGGCUGACAGGAGCCUUCUUCUGAAGCUGGGGAGGCUGGCGUUUGAACAACUGGAGAAAGGAAACAUCAUGUUCUACCAAGAAGACCUGAAGCAGUGUGGUCUUGAUGUCACAGAGGCCUCGGUGUUAUCAGGAGUUUGUACAGAGAUCUUCAAAACAGAGAGUGUGAUCUUCCAGAAAACAGUCUACAGCUUUGUUCAUCUGAGCGUUCAGGAGUUUCUGGCUGCAGUCUACAUGUACCACUGUUACACCAGCAGGAAGACAGAGGUACUGGAGGACUUCCUGAGAAGAGAAGAAGAUGAUGAAGAUGAUGAAGAUGAAGAUGAUGAAGAUUACUCAUCUCUGGAUGUGUUCCUGAAGGGAGCCAUGCAGAAAUCUCUCUACAGUAAAAAUGGCCACCUGGACCUGUUUGUCCGCUUCCUUCAUGGCCUCUCUCUGGAGUCCAACCAGAGUCUCUUAGGAGACCUGCUGGGUCAGACAGACAACAGUCCAGAAACCAUCCAAAGAGUCAUCAACAACCUGAAGGAGAUGAACAGUGGUGAUAUCUCUCCUGACAGAAGCAUCAACAUCUUCCACUGUCUGAUGGAGAUGAACGACCGCUCAGUACAUCAGGAGAUCCAAGAGUUCCUGAAGUCAGAGAACAGAUCAGAGAAGGAACUCUCUGUGAUCCACUGCUCAGCUCUGGCCUACAUGCUGCAGAUGUCAGAGGAGGUUCUGGAUGAGUUGGACCUGAAGAAGUACAACACAUCAUAUGAGGGACGACAGAGACUGAUCCCAGCUGUGAGGAACUGCAGAAAGGCUGUACUUACUGACUGUUUACUCUCAGACACUGAAUGUGAAGUUGUGACCUCAGCUGUGAAGUCCAACCCUCAUCUGACAGAGCUGCACCUGAGUCUCCUCAAACUGUCUGAUUCAUCAGAGAAGCUUCUGUCUGCUGUACAGGAGAGUCCACACUGUAGACUGAAGACUCUGAUACUUUGGGACUGUGGACUCUCAGAGACUCACUGUGAAGUUUUGGCCUCAGCUCUGAAGUCCAACCCUCAUCUGACACAUCUGGACCUGAGCUGGAACAUCCUGUCUGAUUCAUCAGUGAAGCUUCUGUCUGCUGGACUGGAGAGUCCAGACUGUGGACUGAAGACUCUGAGACUUUCUAACUGUGAACUCUCAGAGACUCACUGUGAAGUUUUGGCCUCAGCUCUGAAGUCCAACCCUCAUCUGACACAUCUGGACCUGAGAGGAAACAAACUGUCUGAUUCAUCAGUGAAGCUUCUGUCUGCUGGACUGGAGAGUCCAGACUGUGGACUGAAGACUCUGAGGUUCACUGAUUCUAAAGGUUCAGUUGUCACACUGACUGGAAACCAGAAGAAGAGAUCUUGUGUGGAGGAAGAGCACAAACCAGAGUCUCCAGUAUCCACCUGUGAGUCCAAACAUCAUCCUCCAGACGUCACUCAUGAAGCUGGAUCCUCAGACUUAAAGGUGGAGGACAGACGGGACAGCGCUACACCUGCCACACAUAAAGGACCUGAUCCGUCCACAUCCAGCACAAAGGAUCAGCUGGAUCCUGAUGAUCCAGAGAGGCUGAAACAGCAGCAGCAGCUUGAGUGCAGAGAGAAUGUGACUGGGACCAGUUACUGGCAGGACUUCACACCCAAAGUGCUGACUGAGUCUGCAAACAUUUCAUACAGGUUUAGCUGUCCUGGUCCAGGUGUGUUCAGGUGUACUUUGACCGGACUGGUGUUUGGUACGGUUCAGGAGGCGGAGCUACAGUACAGGACCGUCCAAUGGGAUGAAAGACUUCUACAACCAGCUGGCAAGACGGCUGCAGGGCCGCUGUUCAACAUCCACAGUCCUGACGGUGCUGUCAGUCAGCUCCGCCUGCCUCACUGUGAAACCAUGGAUGCUCCGCUCCCUGAGGGUCUGCUGUCUGUCGUCCACAUCACUGAUGAUGGAAUGAGCAUCCUGGAGCCGCUGGAGAUUACAGACACUCAUGUGGUUGUGAACGUCCCUCACUUCUCUCUCCUGGGCCUCGUCUGGGACGUUGUUCAGAGGUUUAUUAACAUCAUACGACCAAUCAGCAGCCAGGUUCUGCUGUUCCUCCGACCUCCGGAUCGUGAUGAUCGAAUACUUGACGUAUUACUGCUGCCGAACAACAUUCCUCUGAGUGAGGUUGCCCCCCAACAAGGAACAGCUGAGAACAUUAAGAUCUCCUCCAAAUGUCCUCUCAGCGUUGAUCAAAGCUACAGUGUUCACUGUGAACCUGAAGCCUCCAUAAUCCAGCCUGAGGAUUCAACAUUUGAACCAAACUACGGACCAAAUUUCUUCCCAACAUUUGAGGUUUUCCUCACUGCAAACCAAGAGAAAGUGACUCUGAUGGUCCAAGACCAAGAGAGGACAGAGAUGUGGAAUCGGGUGGUGAAACUGACAGGUCCAACAAGUGAGAAUGUGUUCGUCCCAGAAGAGAAGCUGCUGUUGGCUCGGGAACAGUUUGUUAGCAGAGUGUCUGAAGCUAAUCUAAACCUGCUUCUGGAUAAACUUCUUGGGUUUGGUGUUAUAAAUGAUGGUGAAAUGGAGUCGGCCAGAACAGAAACGCGAGCCAACAAAGCUCGAGAAGUGAUCGACAUGGUGCGAAGAAAGGGAAGUGAAGCCAGCUCCUGUUUUAUUGUUGCCCUCCGUGUGGUGGAUCCAAUCCUUUCCAGACUGCUCAACUUAAGCUGAGUGUGAAGAUGAACCUAUAACAGCUGUUUUACUGUCUCAAGUUACCUAUUUUCAUCUUUUUCCAUCCUCCAUCACGGAACACUGAAAGCACAUUUAAAGAUAUUUUAAUAUUCAGUAUGAACAGGAGGAUGAUUACAGAGAGCUUCAUAUGGACACCUGACUGCUGCUUUAAGAUAGACUUGAACUAUUGUGAAACUGUUCUUUACUUUGUGUGUGAUUAUGAAGAUGAUACAACGAAAUGACUUAGUCCUAGUUUCCUAAUUUUUUUUAUCAAAAUGUAAACUGGAACUUUGUUAAAUGGCUCCAGAGGAGGUGUGUGUGUGUGGUUGUAAACACAGCUUGUCCAGCAUGUUUUUUAUGGUUUGAGGAGCAGUUCAGGUCUUUAAUCAACACGUGUUUCAUUGAUACUAAAUUGAAUAUGAAAGAUGUCACAUAGAGAGAAAUCUCACCAGCUGUGCUGAGCUUUUUGUCUUAUUAAAUCAAAGAUGUUUCAGGUUCUAACCACAAAUGUGAUUAAAGGUUGUUUCUGUGCUGCCUUAAGACAGAUUUUUAUACUUUAUGAUGAAAAUAAUAAAAAGCUGACCAUGUGAUGAGAGCUCGCUGAUAUAUUCACCCUGUAAGAAACUUUUUUUUGGGGGGGCAAUAAGACAUCACAUCUGUCUCUUUUUUCUUCCUUCUUAUCUGUGA